GCCCCGUCUUGAUAAUUUAUGCCGUGAAAGAGUGCACUCAUCAGUGGGCAUUUUUGGCUCACGCGGCGUCUCCGGCCUACCAAGUAGUCACAUCGAGCAAGACUACACCUUCAUUUUUGCGACAGCCGUGCCAACAAACACACUUACAUCAUGGCAGACACAUUGGAUAGCUGCAAUGGAGACGUUGUCGAUCUCAAAAACCGCGGGCUGCGCAUCGGCGCCAUCUUCAUCGUCAUGGCAGCUGCAACGUUUGGCGCAUUCGCACCAAUCCUCCUUGCUCGGCAAACAAAAAUGCACGUUCCCAAAUUCACAUUCUUCAUCUGCAAAUACGUCGGUACCGGCGUGAUUAUCGCAACCGCAUGGAUGCACCUGCUAGACCCGGCAAUAGACAAUCUGUCAGAUCCCUGCCUUGCUCCUCGGCUAGGGGAUUACCCUUGGGCUCUGUGCAUCAGUUUAAUGACCGUCAUGGUCAUGUUCUUUGUUGAGCUUCUCGCUGCAAGAAUUGGAGGGGACGAGGAUGAACACAGCCACUCGAUUGGCUCCGACAGCGAUUCCGGGCCGACUAUCAAAGCACUGGCUCACAAGAAAUCAACCGAAAAAGAAGCCAUCGCUGAAGCCUGCCCGCACGAUCUUGAGAGGGGCGUCCUUCGUGGGCCGAACUCGACAACGAUUCCCGGCCUCCCCGACGACGUGAGUUAUCCUCCUGGGGGAGAGGAUCAUCUCGCCCAUGGCCAUGAGCAUGAAGACGGCGACUCACAUGGUGGCCUGGCGGGUCAGCUCACAGCCAUCUUCAUUCUUGAAUUUGGUGUCGUUUUCCAUAGCGUAUUCAUCGGACUUACGCUCGGUACUACAAAUGACCUCGUUGUCCUUCUUGUCGUACUAGUGUUCCAUCAGAUGUUCGAGGGCCUCGGUCUGGGAUCUCGACUGGCAACAGCCCCCUGGCCCAAAGAUAAAUGGUGGCUGCCAUACGUGCUCGGCUUCGCGUUUGCCAUUUCAACCCCAAUUGGAACGGCCGCCGGGAUCGGCGCGAGGCCCAACAAUGCCAACACUCAGAAGCUUGUUAAUGGCAUCUUCGACUCCAUCAGCGCUGGCAUCCUCAUGUACACGGGCCUGGUUGAGCUCCUGGCACACGAAUUCAUGUUCAACCCUCACAUGCGAAAGGCGCCAUUGAAGAUUCAGUUGUUUGCAUUUGGCUGCGUAGCAUUUGGAGUGGCCAUCAUGUCUCUAUUAGCGAAAUGGGCGUAAUGGGAAAGCCGUGUUUGAUUACUGCGAUUUGGCUUUUCGGUAUGAUCUGUACGAUAUUUAAACUCGGCGAACUGGCAUUUUGGAUGAUUGGGUUUACUAGAAGCGCGUCGGUCACUGCAUUUGGGAUGGGCGAGACUAAAAGAAGGCAUUGUUGUAUUAUAGACUUUUCAAUCAUGAUAUGCAUCUGGACUGCCA